AUGGCCAGACUCGGACUCGGACCCAAGCUCUUUGUAACGUUGGAGCCUGAAGAGGGGUCCAAGGGAGAAGAUAGAGGACCAUGGGAUGAGAGGAAAUCUGUGAAGCUAUUCAGAAGCGGAGAAGGAGUGCUGUUACCGCGCGAAAACCAAGAGCCGAAAAAAAGUGAGUGUGUCACAGUUGAGGUUUUCAUCUUGUGUGAUCUCACAAUGUUUUUAAUUUUCUUUUUUCUCAUUUCUUUCAUUAUAUCAUUGGAUGGACGUGAUCAGAGAGAGGAGGAACGGAUUGAAUCAGCUGAUUGGAAGUUGGUGUUGGUGCCUGUGAAGAGAGGGGUGGUGAAGCUGGUAGGAAAAGAUGGCAGUGGAAAGUCAAAUCUGAAGAGAUCUUUGAAGAGGGAGAUGUUCAAUCCUAAGCAUCCAAGCACAAAAGCAAUAGAAAUGGAGGUGUUGCACAAAGAUUAUUACAGCAACGCAUGGAUGCCAAUUAAAGAAGGUCAGAUUUCCAAACUGGUUUUUGAUGCUAUAAACCAGACAGCAAUGCAGGCGAGUCGUUCUCAAAGUAAAUUACAGCAACUGAAGGACUUCAGCCUGAGCAAGCAGGUGUUAGAUAUGACGUCAAAGUAUCGGAACAUAUAUGUAACUGCACCCAGAGCAAUCAUUCAUGUGUUUGACCACGGUGGACAAGAAAACUUGUUUUCAAGUCUUGCUCCAUUUGUGGCUUCCAGUUAUGUCUAUCUCAUGGCAUAUGAUGUGUCAAUACCACUGGAAGCUGAAGCUCAGUCAUUCGUGAGACUCGAUGAUGAAGGUGACUAUCGCCACUUGGAAGUGAAACUGCAUCACAUGAAGUACAACAAGGACUGGAUCAAUCAUCACUUGUCUGCCAUCAGUGUCAGUUCUGUGUCCAAACAUCAUCAGUUACCAGAUGAGAGUCGGAGCCAAACUGAAGGGAAACUUACAAAUGUCAGUAACACAGAGUCCACUGGAAAUGCAGUAGUACAGAGUAGUACUCAAGGCAUUGGAUCAGUAUUUCAAUGCGUGUCUCCACCUGUUAUUUUUACAGCCACUCAUGCUGAUAAAAUAGUUGGUAAAGAGGAAGAAGUGAUGAGAAAACAAGAUGCAGUUCUUAGCAGAAUGUUGCGUGACAAGCCAUACACGGGUCAUGUUUACCGUCGGCCGCCAGAAAGCCAGUCACCAUUGUUUAAGUCUGAGUUGUGUUUCUGUAUUGACAAUACAAAGUCACAUCCACCAUUACGUCAACAUGAUAGAGGUUUAAUGUUGUCGGACUCCGAAAAUGACUCUGAAGAGAACCUUGAAGAGGACUCUGAAUUAGUUUUACUACGAAAUUUGAUACUAUCUAAGAUAGAGGAACACUGUACACAAGAACUGAUUCCACUCACCUGGUUACUGAUUGAAGAUAAGGUGUAUGAAAUAAGACUCAAUCCACAUGACAAGAUCAUUCCGUUUGAAAAGUUGGUAAAAGUAGGUGAAGAGCAAUGCUCCAUGAAGUCGCCCAGUGAAGUGUCUGCUGCUCUCUCUCAUUUGCAUAAGUUCUCUAUUGUGGUCUACUUUGCAUCAUCUCCAAUUCUUCGUCAUCAUGUAUUCAUUGAUGCGCAGUGGGUCUUCACAACUCUUUGUCGUCUCUGUCCUUUGGAUUCAACGAGUUUGCCUGGUAUUCAUCGAACGGACUUCGAUAUUCUUACCAAGAAAGGCAUCAUGUCGCAAGAGCUUGCCAAUUAUUUCUUUGACGAUCUCAAAGAAGAAGAUCGCAGCAAAAUGCUGGAAGCAGCGGAACUACUGGAUAUUGUGUCGAAACAUGAAAAUCCCAAGCAUGAUAUUGAGUACUUUGUCCCCAGUGCUCUGCGAGAAGGUUGUGAAGCUAAAGUUGAUGUGCCAAGCAGUAGUGGUGAAAUUGCAAGUCCUACUCCUCUUGUGUUGAGGCCAGACAACGUCGGCAUGUUUAUAGAGUCAUUGUUCUUUCGUCUCUUGAAUCGAUGUGUUCGUCAGUAUCCGUACAAGCCUUCGCUAUCUCGUAACUAUGCUAUGUUACACAUGGAAAAUGGUUGUGACAUUGAAGUAAUCUAUAUUUACUAUUACGUUGUUGUUGUUGUGCUGAAACCAGAAGAAUCAUUGUCACUUGAAGAAGUGAGAGAGAGCUGCUGCGAGGCUCGCAAAUUUAUUGUCGAUUCACUGGAAGCAGGAAAACAACAAGGACUAACAGGUUUCAAGUUUUCAGUCUGUUUCCAACAUCUGACGCCAGAACGAAGAAGUUUCCUGCCCAUCCGCAGUGAUCGACUCGUCUCUCUAAAUGACUACCCAAAGUGUAAACGUCUCCUCUAUCCCGAUAAUUCAACAGCUAGACUCAACGUUGAAGAGAAGAAGCAAAUAGACAUUUGGUUUGAUGCAAAAGGAUCUAAUCGUGUGACUGAACCGAUUUCUGCAACAGCUGCAAUUCAAAGAACAGAUGAAGUUUGGAAGAGAUCUACAGAUGGUGGAAAGCAACAUGCAAUUGAAUCUGCAUUGUUAACAGCACUCAGUGGCAUGAAAUUGGUCUCGAGUUGGGAAUGAACGAAGACCAGAUCAAGUCAGAAACUCAUGAUAAACCUCCCUACACUGGGAAACUAUCCGCUCUGAUUGGAGCUAGAAGAGCCAAAGUGUCCACACUUCAGACAAUAAAGGAUUUGUUGAAGGGUUGCCGACGGAUACCUCAACCUAUACUUGAAGAUGUGAUACAGCAAUUGUCGAAAGAAGGAUUGGGGCAGUAGCAGAUUAUUAACAAGGACCUGAGGAUGGAUGGGAAACAUUAUCCAAUACUAGUGACUUGCACCUCCUCACUAGACUACUAUAUACCUAUAGUGUAUCCUAGUGGACAUUGUGUAUGUAUUCAUUCACAAUGUGUUAAUGGAAUAGCAGCAAAGACGCUUUUCAAUAUUAA